AUGGCAGACCAGAUCCCUCAGCAAAUGCGCGCCGCAACCAUCAAAGACUUCAACAAAGGUUACAAGGUCAAGGACGUGAAAACCCCCACCGACCUCGGCCCAAACGACGUCCUCAUCAAGAUCGCCGCCGCCGGCUACUGCCACACGGAUCUCCAAGUUCAACAAGGCGUCUACGCCUCUGCCGGCGCCAAACCGGGCCUCGUCGGCUCCCACGAACCCGUCGGCACCAUUAUCAAACUCGGUUCCGAAGCAGGCAAACAGGGCCUCGAGAUCGGCGACCGCGUUGGCUCCAUCAAUACCUACGGCUUCUGCGGCAAGUGUAACUCCUGCAAUCAUGGGAAGCAGGUCUGCGAUAACCUCGUUGGCAUGUUGGGCCUUACCCUCGACGGCGGAUUCGCGCAGUACAUGAAGGCCGACGCCCGCGUCGUGGCCAAGAUCCCUCAGUCCAUCCCCUGGGCCGAGGCCGCCCCUCUCUUCUGCGCCGGCGCGACGGUCUACGGCGCCCUCUGCGCCGCGCAGGGCCAGAAGGACCAGUGGCUUGCCAUUAUCGGUGUCGGCGGCCUAGGACACCUCUGUGUCCAGUAUGCCAAGGCGUUGGGGUACAAGGUCGUCGUCAUCGACAACCGACAGGAAGGUCUCGACCUGGCGAAUGAUGUCCCCUCACACCUGAAGCCCGACUGCACGUAUCUUAUCAACACCGACGAGGCUCAGAAGAAGGUUGUCGAGGAGCUCCAAACUUCAUUCUACGAUACCAACCCAGGCGUUGACCGCGUGAUCAUCACGACCGAGGCAAGAUCGCUCGUUCGGUUUGGACAGCAGUUCCUCCGCAAGGGUGGUUUUCUGGUUGACGUUGGCCUUCCUGCAGAUGGACCGUUCGAAGUCGAUCCUUUCGCUUUGAACUUCAAGGAGCAGACUGUCCGCGGUGCUUUGAUCUGCACUCCUGAACGGAGCAGGGAGAUGACUGAGUUGCAUGCGAAGAAUGGUUGCAAGACGCACGUUGAAAAGACGUUCAGUGUAGAACAAGCUAACGAGAUGGCCGAGCACUACUUGUCUAAGCAGCUAAAGGGUCGCUUGUGUAUGGUCUUUUAG